CCUGUGUCCUUUCGACAGGAUGGUCGUUAGUGUGCGAACGAACACUCUCGUGCCCCAAAGGAUGGUCCGGUAACUUUGUAGUAAAAAGAAAAAAAAAUAGUGCAGCUAAAAGUAAAGCAAAGAACACAGUAAGUAGGUAUUGUAAAGAGGCUAAAAAAAAGUAGUGGAGAAUAAAAAAAUCGUCCACGGGCUCGGAAUGUAAUAUUAGUUAGUGAUCGGGUUUGGAAUCAGCUUUCCUGCCAGCUCUCUUGUCCACUAAAAUGAGGUUAAAGAAAAAGAUGAAAUAAAACUUAACCUCCGGUAGGGAAAUGGACGAAGAUAUCAUCCAUCUUUUCCUUCCCGCUUCGGGGAAAAACUUUUCCUUUCUACACGGGCAGCAGAUGCAGGGACGUGGAAAUGGUGAAGAAUGGUUUUUUUUCUUGGAGAUUUUUUCUCUCUUCCCUUCAUUCUAAAGCCUCGUUUUCAUACCUCGAGACAGCUGGGAGCUUCUAUCGAUCGAGAGCUUUUCCCUGGGAAAACAUACCACACCGUUCGGUCGGUGCAUUCUUCUUUUGGUGAAGGUGCAUUCGUUGCAGUGAACAAUGUCCGGCACGAGAAAAUCCUCUUCCCAAGCUGCCCGGGACAUGCUGGUGAUCCUAGACAUAAGGUUGGAGCUUGUGUAGAAUAGUUGUGCUUCGUUUUAACCUUCCAUUCAUCAGUCUACGUCGUCCAGUUGGGAAGCUAAAAAAAGACAUAUGAGUCAUGCUAAUAGGUGUUUAAAAAUAUGUGAUUCACGUGUUUCCAACGUUUACCAGAUUUUUGCCUUCACUCCACUUAGUCAUCCUGAGUCUCGCUUCUCUUUCUUGUUUUUCACUCGUUCGCGUUCGUUUUAAAACAAUAGUAAUCUCAUCAACCAACUUCACUGAGCACCUCCGUAAACCUCCGAUAGCUAAGAAAGCUAAACAUAAAAAGAGCAAAACCAGGUGUUUUGGGUCGGCUUCCAAAAUCACGGCCGCGAUUCGAUAACGAUAACGGAAUGACGCACCGGACAAAGGGAGAUGGUUACGAGUUCGAUGAUAACGGAAGCGCGUUGUGAGGUUAGACCGAUAGUCCAGUCGUUAGUAGGUGAGAGCAACAUGGCGAACCUGCACAGUCCCCAACGGCUAAUCAUCGUACUGAUGGUUGUUGUAGGUAGUAUUUCCUGUGAGACGUUUCAAUUUCCCGAAUUUGUUGCAAUUGAAGGUGGUGAUGGUGGUGUCGCUUGUGGAGGUUGGAUCAUUGAUAAGGUGCUCCGUCCGCAUGUACUAACGACGGACACCUGCGUACAGCGAAGUGAUCGAAGUUUACGGCAACUUCUUGUACGGUAUGGUAAUUCCGAGGUGACGGGACGUACUGCGAGUCUUGCUGUCGAUCGGAUACUGUCACACGAGCCCGGUCAAGAUCACCUAGUCGUGCUCAGUACAUUUGGUAGGCUGCGUAGAAACCCUACAUCCCAAGCUCCAGCUGAGCAGACCCAACGACACAAUGGCACAUCAUUGCUCUGCUGGCACCGAGAAGAUACUGGAGGUGCUCUGCACAAAACCUUACUUAUGGUAGAGCCCGGACAACAUCAUACCGUGGAAGAAUUGAUCAACAGAUUGCACUGCAGUAGUCUCAACGCGUACCAUCUGGAAGGGGCUCUUGUGCUGGAAAACUUAACACCAUAUGCCAUGCUAACUCUGCGUCCGGAUGCGUUUUCCACCUGUGGCACCUCGGUGAACAUGUUGGAAUUGCGCAAUAUGACCAGUCCGAGAAGUCUCGCUAAAAUGAUUGAUUCCCCGCUGGUAGAGCCCGUACCCGAUAAUAGUUUCACCUUCACGGAACCAAACUCCGCCUUCGGAUACAUCGUGUACGUUAUCUUCAUGGGCUUCUGUAUACUGUACACCUUGAUGUUCUUUAUCUUUGGCCUAAUGCGUGCCCACCCAAGCACUGAUCUGUGA